AUGCCACAGUCUGAUAAUAUUGAGAUGAAUUCAUUCGCGGUGGCAAUUUCUAUAUUGGGGUUCAUAUCAGCUCUUUUCACAUGUAUCAUGAACAUUAUUCUUCUGAAAACCUUUAUGAAGCCAAUCGUCUUGCACUUAUUGAGUCAUCCAUUGUAUUUAUGUUUGAUUUUUUGCCAAAUUUUAUUUUCAAGCAUUUUGCAACUACGGAAUUUUUCAGUUUCCAGAACAUUGGUCCGUGUGGAGCAGUUACAAAACUAUUCGGAUGUGCCAUUGAAGCAUUCCUGGUUCAUCGAACAAUGCGAAAAGGAAACGGAUCGACGAGUAGUGUUGUAG